AUGGCGGCGUACGGCGUCGUUCUUCCUCCUGGGGGCAUCGUCUAUGGAGCAGAUACGACGAUUCUCGGCGGCGUGGUGCAACAGGGUAGCAUCGUUGGAUACGUCAUGUUCGACGUGCACAGGGUGGUGGAGCUGUCUAGCACCGUGGUGGCAUUGGUGGCAGACCUCGCAAGCUCUCCCGUGGACAAGGAGCCCCGCGAAAAUCGCGAUCGCAUUGAGAUGCCAGCAGCCGCCGCCGCCCCUCUGCCGCCGCGGGCGCUGCGGCAGCUGCAACCUAGCCAGCACUUUAAAGAGUUACAUCGUCUUCGCCAGGACCCGGUGUGCCUCGGGGCGUUCCAGCUCGGCGAUACGGUGAGGCUGCUACCGGUGUGCCUGCACCUCUACCACGUGGAGUGCAUCAAUCCAUGGCUGGACACACACUCGACCGACACUGUCCCGACGAUGGACGUCGUUAGUGACUUCUGA